GUGCCUCGUGCUGCACCUGCUUACACAACACAGCCACGAGUUGCAGCCAAGUCAGGAAGAUUUCUGAGAGAACUAAGAUCAGCACCUGUGCAAGAUGGAGUACCAGGGACAGCAGCACGGCCAGGCGACCAACCGCGUCGACGAGUACGGUAACCCGGUUGCCGGACAUGGCGCCGGCACCGGCAUGGGCGCGCACGGCGGCGUUGGCACCGGCACCGGCGCGGCCGCUGGUGGGCAUUUCGAGCCCACGAGAGAGGAGCACAAGGCCGGCGGGAUCCUGCAGCGCUCCGGCAGCUCAAGCUCCAGCUCGUCUGAGGAUGAUGGCAUGGGCGGGAGGAGGAAGAAGGGCAUCAAGGAUAAGAUCAAGGAGAAGCUCCCUGGUGGCCACGGUGACCAGCAGCACGCCGAUGGCACCUAUGGACAGCAGGGUACUGGCAUGGCCGGCACCGGGGCGCAUGGCACCACGGCCACAGGCGGUACCUACGGGCAGCCGGGACAAACCGGAAUGACCGGUACUGGGACGCAUGGCACUGACGGCACCGGCGAGAAGAAGGGCAUCAUGGACAAGAUCAAGGAGAAGCUGCCCGGACAGCACUGAGCCCGGCCCGCGGCCGCUACUUGUCAAAGUUUGAGGUGCCGGUCUGGCCACCUCUUGCAGAAUAAUAAGAUGGAGAUACAAUAAAACUUCCCACAAUAUCCGAGUUCUGAGUUUUGUGGACUUGAAUAUGGGCUUCUAGUAUGUACGCCGGACGUUUUGUGAUCUGUACUUUGCUGUGUAAAUUUUCUUUUGGUUGGACAAAUAUAAGUAAUAAAUCAUGGUAUACACAAUAUAUUUUCCCUUUUA